CAAGUAUUCUCAGACGCCGCCGCAAAGCGCAUUGUCUCUUGGUCCGUUGAGCUCUUCCUUUCCGUAGCAACGUCUCUCCUCCGGCUCGGUUAUCUCGAGAUACCUGCGCUUUGUAUACAAUCCGACGUCGUCACCUGGGUUGAUUUGGCUGUUACAGCUACGUGAGUUGAUAAAUACGAGUUGCCAGAUUGGGUGAGCUUCCGAGUGAGCAAAGUCAUUACAAACAAGCAACCUCAAUCAAAUAUGAGCAAAUCCAAGGAUUCUCCAGCAACCGACGGUGAGACUGAGGAGGAAUAUAGUGUGGAGAAAGUUCUGGAUAGGAGAGUAGUCAAAGGAAAGGUUGAAUACUUCUUGAAGUGGAAGGGCUAUUCUAAUGAUGAAAACACCUGGGAGCCUGAAGAGAAUCUUGAUUGUCCAGAUCUGAUUGCUCAAUUCGAGGAGCAAAGGAAGAAAAAAGAAGCUGCUGCUGCCAGCAAGCGUACCGAGGAAAAAGAAGCUAAGAAGAGAAAGAGUUCCAGUACACCAACACCUACACAAUCAAAGAAGAAAGUUGUGGAAGACAAGAAAGCUGAAGGUUUCGAUAGAAACUUGGAACCAGAGCGUAUUAUUGGUGCCACUGACUCCAGCGGAGAACUCAUGUUCCUGAUGAAGUGGAAGGGAACUGACGAUGCUGAUCUUGUACUGUCUAAAACCGCCAAUGAAAGGUGCCCUCAAAUCGUGAUCAAGUUCUAUGAGGAACGGCUAACAUGGCACAGUCCAACUCACGAUGAGGAUGGCUCAGCAAAGGCAGACACAGAGUAGUGUCUUUGACAUGAUUACUAAAAAUCAUCAGAAUUAUGUUGCGUUUAAUUAUUUAUGCGUAUAACACUUUUCUUUUAAUAUUUGCGUAGCAUAACUUACAGUGUCAGUAAUUGAUAAUUCCUUUUCCUUAGAUCGAUAGAUCAAAAAAUCGUGAAGUUUUUGAGAAAAAAAAUGUUUUUUGAAUUUCAAAGUUUAAUUUCAGUCAUCAAAAUUUUAUUGCGUUGACAUUUAAAUAUGAAAGCAUGUUUAUCUAAAAUACAUUUUGUAUGCCUGAAAUUUAAGUUUUUUGGCAUUUGUAGUUAUGUGAAGUGAACAAAUAAGUUUGAUCGUAGUUAUUCUUAAAGUAAUGCAGAAUUAAUGUAUAAUAUAGUUUGAAAGGUUCGUCAAAGAUGCACAAGGUUACUUGGAAGAAUGAGCAAUGUGAUCUGCAAAUAUAUAAACUUUUCUUUUACCUCUCCAGUGCAUAAGAGUGUAUUCUAUAAUUUUGUAAGUUAUAUGACUGCGAUGGAAACCUCAUAAAGUAUAUAUGAAAAACAAACUGUGACUUGCAGAGUCUUGACUUAUAAUAAGUACAUUUCAUAUGGACCAUGAUGCUAAUACACACAUACACACCACUGUAAAUGAACAGUAGUACAUAUAUAUUAAAGUAUUUCGUCGCCUAAAA